CAUGCCUUACCUGAAUCACAUUCUUGCUCAGCCUCAGAGUUUAAACUAGAUGGAGAAUACAUACUGGGAGGCCUUUUCGACAUUCAUCAUGGCAGCAGCUCAGUUCCUUACAACCGACCGGAGACUGUGGAUUGCUCUCGACAGUCGUUUACCAUGUCUAGUUAUCGGAUGUUUCAGGUGAUGAGGUUUGCUGUACAAGAGAUCAAUAACUCCAGCCUCAUCCUGCCCAAUGUAUCGCUCGGUUAUGAGAUAUUCGACCACUGCUCAGACACAUUCAACUUUCAGUCAAUUUUGGAUAUGAUCUCCAGAAAUGGAUCAAUUCAAGUUCUGAGGUGCGUCAACGAGUAUCUGUCCAAAGUCAUAGCUGUGGCCGGUCCAUUUAGAAGCAUGGAGUCCAUGACUGUUGCUCCCUUGUUUGCGAUGAAUCUAAUUCCAAUGGUAAAUUAUGGGUCCUCUAGUUCUGUUUUAAGUGAGAAGUGGAAAUAUCCCUCAUUCAUGCGAACCACACCAAGUAACAAAGACUUAAUACAACUGAUCAUUCUGAUUAUACAGCAUUUUAAUUGGAACUGGGUUGCAUUCAUCAGCAGCAGCGACGAGAACAGUCAAAAUGGCCUACAGCUGUUCAAAAGCAAGCUGGAAGACACUAAGAUCUGCUUAGCUUAUGCAAAAGAGCUCAAUGAAAUGUCUGAUCACUAUGAAAUACUUCAACAGUUAGAGGGUCUUAACAUAGAGGUCAUUAUAGUUUUUGCCGGGCAGAGCAGCGCUGUUGCAUUCAUUAAAUCAGCAAUCAAGCACAACAUACACAACAAAGUGUGGAUCGCAAGCGACACUUGGUCCUUGAACAAGAAACUCCCCAAGUUGAGCGGAAUCAAGGCGAUUGGCACCAUCAUUGGAAUAACAGAGACAGUGAUGUCAUUACCUGGGUUUAAGAAUUUUGUCUAUUUGUCCCAAACACAAAGGAAUGAUAGGCCUACAACAUGUGAGCAAACACCAUCCGGACAAACAUGCAAUCAAGCUUGUGACCUCUGUAGGGAUGUGAGCCCAGAAGAGAUCAUCGGUGAAAACCCAUCAUAUUCUUUCGCCAUUUACUCUGCCAUUUAUGCUAUGGCCCACGCAUUACAUAAAUUGUUACUAUGUGACAUCAAGGGAUGCAGUGACAAUGUAACUGUGUAUCCAUUUAUGCUUCUCCAAGAAUUAAAGAGGUCAAAAUUCACACUAUUGAACCGGCAUAUUGAGUUUGACAACAAUGGAGACCCGACAUCUACUUCUUAUGCUAUUGUUUUCUGGAACCAGAGUGGCCAGGCCCAGAAAGUGGGCUCUUAUGAAACUGAUCCAACAGUUGACGUUUCCUUCUCUAUCAGCAACACAAAAAUUCACUGGUAUACUGACCAAGUGCCUGUCGCACGCUGUUCCCCUGAAUGUUCAGAGGGAUUUGCAAAGAAGAAAGAUGGACUACAUGAUUGUUGUUUCCAGUGUAACGUCUGCCCCAGUAUGACUUAUGUUAACUACACAGACGACCCAUACAGCUGUGUCGACUGUAGGAAGACAGAGUGGUCCAAACCAGGAAGCACCUUUUGCACACAACGUUCAGUGGAGUAUAUACCUUUCACAGACCCUGUCGCCAUCACACUCAUGUUUUCCACAGGCGUCCUGUUAGCGCUAACACUAGCCAUUGUCAUUCUUUUUGCUCUCAACUAUGACAAGCCGGUUGUUAAGUCUGCCGGUGGGCCAAUGUGUUUCCUUCUUCUGGGCUGCUUGAGUGCAAGUAGUAUAAGUGUGUUCUUUUUCUUUGGGAAACCAACAGUGACCAAUUGUGUGUUGAGGUAUUUUCUAUUUUUGCUGUUCUACACUGUCUGUUUAGGCUGUUUUGCUGUGCGCUCCUUUCAAAUAGUUUGCAUUUUCAAAAUGGCCGCCAAGUUCCCUAAGAUUCACAGGUGGUGGGUGAAGCAGAAUGGACAGGUGUGGGUCAUCGCCAUAGUCUUUGUUCUUCAGCUGUUGUUGCUUACAACAGUGUUCACUGCCAGCCCUCCCACACCAGUCAAUGACAUGACAUCAUACCGAGAUCAAAUAAUACUAAAGUGUGCCAUGAGAAGAUCAUUGAUCGUGUUCUUGUUAUUGACUAUAGUCCUGGCAAGCCUUUGCUUUAUUUUCUCAUACAUUGGAAAAGACCUGCCCAAAAACUACAACGAGUCCAAAGCAAUCAUCUUGUUCCUGCUUUUCCUUAUACUUACAUGGAUCACUUUCUGCACAGUAAGCAUAUCAUACCAUGGUAAAUAUAUACAGUUAUUCAAUGCAAUAUCAGUGCUUUCCAGUAUAUACAGCAUCCUCUUCUGCUACUUUCUCCCUAAGUGCUACAUCAUUAUCUUUCAGCCCCAUAAAAAUACACAACAGUAUUUCCAAGGGAUCAUCCAACGUUACACUCAAAACAUCAGUAGUAAGUAG